AUGGAUGAGAACAUCCCCAAACAUGCCUCGAAAGUUUGGACCACGCUCAUAACAAAUACUGCGUACCUGUCUGGCCUUUUGACACUUGAAUACUCUCUCAGAAGGGUGGGCUCAAAGUAUCCGCUUGUUGUUCUCUACACAGACUCAUUCCCCGCCGAGGGCCACAAAGCCCUUGAUGCCCGGAAUAUCUUGAAGCGCCAUGUACCGUAUCUCCUUCCGUCAGCUCCUAAGGACUUCACCAACGAUGUACGGUUCUACGAUUGUUGGAGCAAACUCACCCCGUUCUCACUCGUCGAAUAUGACCGUGUCGUGCAACUUGAUAGCGACAUGCUCGUCCUUCAAAAUAUGGAUGAAUUAAUGGAUCUCGAAUUGGACCCGCCAGAGAUGGCUGGAAACGGAGAUCGAGUCUUUGCCGCUAGCCAUGCUUGUACCUGCAAUCCGCUUCAUAAACCUCACUAUCCAGCAAACUGGAUUCCGGCCAAUUGCGCCUAUAGUAAGCAGCAUGAGAAUCCGGACAUCGCACAAACAGUCGGCGCUCCAGCUACUUCAGGAUUGGGGAUACCCAAUGGAGGCCUGCAGGUGGUCAACCCAGCUCAGGCAACAUAUGAGAAAAUUACUGGACAGCUUGCCACUUCUACAACAUCGAGUUAUGACUUUGCUGAUCAAUCCCUUCUUGGUGAUCUGUUUUAUGGUCGCUGGGUUGCACUCCCAUAUAUAUACAACGCACUCAAGACCAUGCGAGCGGAAGGUGUACAUGGCACUAUAUGGCGCGAUGAGAAUGUUAAAAAUGUACAUUACAUUCUCAGCCCGAAGCCGUGGGAUGAUCUCGCAGAGAAACAGGAUCAAGAUCCAACGCACCCAUGGUGGACAUCGUUGAAUGAAAAGAGGUGGAGCGAGGAGCAGAAGGCAGGCACAAGGGAUCAAUUCUGA